AUGCCACGGCGGUUACUGGUCCGUGACGCGGCUUCAGAUAAUCAUGGUGGGUGCCGCGACGGCCAGUAUGACAUCAAACCAGGGAAUAAACUGCGACCGCGGGGAGUCAAUGGCCGGGCCGGUAACAAGAAUGAGCUGAUUGGAGAGAAUAGUAUUGUGAUGGGUAAUAUGAUGGAGACGAGAAGCAAAAAUGAGCGAGCGCUCGUGUAA